AUGAAGGAUUCAGGAAAUUUUACAAUUCCGGUAUCCAUUGGAGGUUAUAAGAUUGGUCAAGCCUUGUGUGAUCUAGGAGCAAGCAUUAAUUUAAUGUCGCUGUCAGUAUAUAAGAGGCUGGGUGUGAGAGAAGUUAGGCCAACGACAGUCACACUUCAGCUAGCAAAUCACUCAAUUGCAAACCCCGAAGGAAAAAUCGAGGGUGUUCUGGUACAAGUAGAUAAGUUUAUAUUUCUAGCUGAUUUUAUUGUUCUUGAUUUUGAUGCAGGUGAGGACGUGCCAAUCAUCCUAUGGAGGCCAUUCUUAGCCACGGGGCGUACGCUUGUGGAUGUGCAUAAAGGAAAAGUAACGAUGAGAGUGCAGGAUCAAGAAAUCAAAUUUUCUAUCUACGACUCUAUGAAGUACCCUUCUGAUGCUGGAGAGCGUGCGGUGUUGCGAGUACUAGACGAAGCUGUAUUGAAGUCACUCAGUGCAGAGGCAAUGUUGGAGAAGCAGAACGGUGAAGUGGAUACUGUGUUGGAGCAAGCAGAUGAAAUAUGCCAAGAAAUUCUCUAUUUUGACUGCACUAGCGAUUUAGCAAGAUCAUGGUCAAGAGUCCACGAGAGCCUAGUCUUAGAAGACAUUGGACGUAAACAGUUAAAGACAUCUAUUGAGGAAACACCAGAAUUGGUGUUAAAAGCCGUCCCUAAACAUAUGAAGUAUGCUUACCUUGGAGCAUCCAACAUGUUGCCUAUUAUAAUUGUUGCAUAUCUAAUUGUAGAAAAGGAAAACGAGUUACUGCAGUGUUGA